AUGGAGUACUUAGGCGGAGGGUCAUGCCUAGAUCUACUUAAACCAGGUCCAUUCAACGAAGGCCACAUUGCAAUCAUCUGCCGCGAGCUACUUCUAGGACUCGACUAUCUGCACCAAGAGGGGAAGAUACAUCGUGACAUAAAAGCCGCCAAUAUACUGCUGGCACAGUCAGGAAAGGUCAAGCUUGCGGACUUUGGUGUUGCGGCUCAGCUAACAAACAUAAAAUCGCAAAGAAAUACAUUUGUGGGAACUCCAUUCUGGAUGGCACCAGAAGUUAUACAGCAAGCUGGGUAUGACUUCAAAGCGGACAUCUGGUCAUUAGGGAUAACAGCUAUGGAAAUGGUCAACGGAGAGCCGCCAAAUGCUAGCACGCAUCCGAUGAAGGUACUAUUCUUGAUACCAAAGGCGCCGGCACCGAGACUUGAGGGGAGCGGCUAUAGUCGAGAUUUUAAGGAGUUCGUUGCGGCUUGUCUCGUGAAAGAUCCAGACCGCAGGCCAACUGCAAAAGAACUCUUGCAGCAUCGGUUCAUCAGAAGCGCUGGGCGGGUAGAAGGUCUGCAAGAGCUCAUUCAGCGUCGACAAAUGUGGGACAGCAGCAGGGGAAGGCAAACCCACCCAAGAUACUACGAGGAGACGCUGGGUUCAAUGCUAGUAUUGGAAGAAAAAGAAGAUUGGGUUUUUGAUACAAUCAAAGCUCCCACAAUGGUGAUGUCAAGCCAAACGCAGAGGCACACCCAGAAGCGCCGAAAAAUGUCAAUUGUACACGAUGAAAUGCAAGAAGGCCCAGAGACUAUCCUCGGCCGGCUGACCCUAGAGGAUUCGCAGCCAAAACCGGAGUCGACCUUAUCAACGAUGCGAAGAGCAACCACGAAGCGUCGAUCGUCACCAACAGGAGCUGGGUCUCCUGCUAAACGAAGAUCAAGCGGACAGAAGCAGCCUCUGGCGCCUUGUACGGAUUUUGGAAAUAGCGGAUCCACAAUGAGACAGUUUCGACGUGUGUCAGAAAACUCUCCAGAAGUAGCGCCCAACGCAUCUCUGGCGGAAAGAGAUGAGAAUCACCACUCAAUGGCCGAAACAGUGACCAAAGAGGUGCUACUUGGGCGAAGGGCCUACUCGAGAGCCGUUGAUCAAGCCUUGCAAGAGACGUACGCGCAGACAGGAAAUCAGAUCAAGCGCGAAGCUAUCUCCCGAGUAGCACUUGCGUGGGACACUUUAGACAAAGAGGACCCCGAAGGAGAAUACCACCUUCUGAAGCUCAUAAUAGAAAAGGUCCAAAAUGAUCCGAAGCUGUCAGGACUCCUGCCACCGUCACAACCAGUAACGCCCCCGAAGCCAAAACUCGUUUUAGCUCAGAAUAACCCCCAUCUCAAGAGUCACCGUCGCCGCCAGUCCUCGCUGCUGCCGGCGGAUGAUGUGUGGACAGUUAAACAACUACAGCUGCCUGGACAGCUUGUUGACGGGAUGGACCACACAAAGCAAUUAGCUGAUGUUUUGUAUGGCAAGUGGGCCGAAGGUCUAAAGAACAGGUGGCCGAAUCUUUGA